GAAGCCUGACGGAGAGAGGCAGAGCCGAACAAGACGCAGAGCAGGAGGCCUCAUGUGUUUUACCUCUCGUGAUCUAUUUUCUUCUUCUCACUUCCAGGACUGUGCUUCACAUCUUUUUGUUUAAUUGUUAUUUGUACUAUUUUUUUUUUACUCAACAUCUGUCGAAGAUGCAGACAGUUUUACUCAGGCUGAUUUUUUGCAGCAAAAACCUCUCCUGAAUGUGUUCAACAGCCAACUACAUUCUCCCUUUGAGGAGAACCUGUGAGGCAGUGGCUACUCCAGGACGGCUGUGUGGGGGAGUGUCCAUGCCAACUAAUUUCCCUGCAGUCAGGCCAAAUGGACCGACACAGGACACAGAGAUGGAUGUGGCUUGGCAGGAGUUAAUGGCCAUCACAGAGUUACAGGAGUUUGAAGUCCCAAGUGAAGGUUCCUAUGAAACAACACAGUGCCAAAGCAUGAACCUUGCAGGAGAGUAUGGAAUGCCUGUGUCCCGGUCCGAGCCCGCCCCUGCUGCGUGUGGACUGAGCACCGUUGACACCUAUGAGGGAUGUUACGCUGAAGCAGCGCCCGCCUGCCAUCGUCUGGAGAGUAACACAGAACCAAUGUAUGGAACCUCUGAAACUCAGAUGAGCCAAAGAAUGCUGCCCAUGUCCUCUCAUCCUCAGCUGUCUCUCAUGAACAUGUCAGGUACCAGCCAAGCGCACAGGAGGACCAACAGCGGUCUGUCUCAGGGCUCAAACCGGCACAUGCUAUGGACUACACUUGAUCAAAGUGGACACGCUCGCUCAGCGGACGAUCUUGAGUCUGACUCUGGUCUCUCUUUGGGGUCCAGUCCCCCACUGGCCUCCCCAGUCAACCCAGUUGGCAGCGCACCAGGUUACCAGAGCGCAGACGUAGCCAUGACAUACAGCGAUGGAGAACCAGAGAGCAUGGUCGAGCAUGCCAGAAGGGCGCAGGUUCACUAUUCAAUGAACUACCAGUCUCAGGCUCCCUCAUAUUUACACUCAGGCCCACAUACAUCUUAUUUUUCACCUCAGCCGAGUUUUUCUCACUCACAGCCUUGCCCUCUGACCUCUCGUGCAGCAAGGCAGCAGGGUCCAGCUCCUGCUCCAGUAAGCAACCUGUACAACGGUGCAAUGACCAGCAGGGGGAGCUCACAGCACAAGUUCUCAAAACCACAAGGCGGCGUUUCUGCUGCUGCUGCUCCACUGAGCAGGGAUGAGCGACGGGCCAUGGCCCUGAAGAUACCUUUCCCCAUGGAUAAAAUCAUCAACCUGCCCGUGGAUGACUUCAAUGAGCUCCUGACACAGUACACUCUGACGGAUACUCAGCUCGCACUGGUCAGAGAUAUCAGACGGAGAGGGAAAAACAAAGUGGCAGCUCAGAACUGCAGGAAGAGGAAGCUGGAGAGCAUCGUUCACCUUGAGAGAGAACUGGACCAGCUGCAGGCCCAAAGAGAGCACCUGGCACAGGAACGACACGACUUCCAGCGGAGCUUAACUUUUGCCAAAUGUCGUCUAACGGACUUGUACGCGGAAGUGUUUUCACAUUUACGAGAUGAAGACGGACAGCCUUAUUCAAUAGAUGAAUAUUCUCUGCAACAGACACCUGAUGGCAAAGUGUAUCUGGUUCCCCAUACGAUGGAAAGGAGAGACCAUUGAAGUGUCACGUUCUGCAUGUAAUACUUGUUAUUCAUGUACCAAUGAACUUGUGCUCUUCAAAAUUACAUAGACCACACCAGAUUGUAUCAAAAAUACUUUAUUAAAAAAAGGUUAAAAAAAUGUUUAUAAAAAAACCACUGCACGGCAGUUUUAUGUUAAAAAAUUAGCAUAUUUCAGCUGACCUGGGGGAAGAAAAAGAGAAAUGUUAGUUUAUAUAAAAAAAGUUUUAAUGAAUAAAUUGAAGAAAGAAAAAAAAAGUCUGUACCUGACUGAGCCAUUGUCACUGAAAUGAUGUCAGUUUUGGAGACCUCUUGGCAUUGCCUGGGGAGGAGUGGCACAAUGUUAGUAAUAAGUACUCAAUAACGCUCGUCUAAUAAUGUGAUUGCAUGCAACAUUACGUUGGACCUCAAAGAACAGUUACGGAGGCCUUCUUCUUGUCCCCAUCAACAUUGGCACAAGUCAAAUUUUUAACAGUUACAUCAUUACUGUGCUACAAAACUCACUACCAGCUACAUGGCAAAGCAAGAUAUACAC